AUUCGGAAGAGGAGAGUCUGGACUCAGAUCUGGGUCAGGUGGGGACUCACGCUUUCGCCCGUAUGGAGGGGGACGUGGACAAACAGAGGAAACAGAUCCUUCAGGGCCAGAUGUCGGACGUGGCCCUGCAGAAACAGCACCAGAGAAAUUACAACCGCUGGCUGUGUCGGGCGAGAGCGGAGGAUCUGUCUGACAUCGCAGCUCUGAAAGCUUUAUAUCAAACCGGGGUGGACUCGUGUGGCCGGACGGUGAUGAUUCUGGUUGGACGGAACAUCCCGGUGACUCUGAUCGACAUCGAAAAGGCGCUGCUGUACUUCAUCCACGUGAUGGACCACAUCACAGUGAAGGAGUAUGUGAUGGUUUACUUCCACACGCUGACCGGAGAGCACAACCACCUCGACUCAGAGUUCCUCAAGAACCUGUACGACAUCGUGGACACCAA